AUGCAAACUGUUAGAACAACACCUCCAACUUCUCCAAUAUUAAAACCUUCACCAAAUAUAACAAAUAUAAAUGAAAUAUUUAACUCAAAUUCAUUAAUGUCAAAUUCAACAACUUCUUUAUUAUCAAAACGUUUAAAUUAUGAUGUUGCAAAUGAUAUAAUAACUGAAGAAGUUGAAGAUGAUGAAGAUCCUUUAAGUUCAAUAUCUCCAAUCAUUUUAACAAAAGCAAGAUCAAUAGCUCAAGAAAUUUAUAAUCAAACUUAUACAAAGAUUGCUCAAGAUCAAUAUGCUGCAUUCUUGGGUACUUCAAAACAGGAAUCAAUAGCUACAUGUAUUGAAUUUAUGUCAUUUUUCGAACCAUGGCCAAAUUCAUUAAUUGGUUCACUUAGAUUACUUUGUUCAAAAUUAUAUUUAUUAGGUGAAUCAACUCAAAUUGAUCAAAUAUUGGAAAUUUUCAGUAAAAGUUGGUUUAAAUGUAAUAAAGAUAAUUAUAUUGGUGAUUAUAAAGCUAUUCAUAUUGUUUGUUUUUCAUUAUUUAUCUUAAAUUCAGAUUUACAUAAUGAACAAAAUUUAGAGACAAAAUUUACCAAAUCAGAAUUUGUUGAAAAUACAAUUGCAGCUAUUGAAGAAGAUUUAACUGUUAAAAUCUAUAAUUAUACAACACUUGAAUCUCAAUUAAGAAUUUUUUAUGAUUCAAUUGAAUCUGAACAAUUAGAAAUUUUAAAAGUACCUAAAAAAUUAAAUGGUAGAAGAAAUAUUUCAAAUUCUUCAAGUAAUUCAUCAUCUGCAUCAACAAAAAGAGUAACAUCAAUUUCAAAUAUUUCAAUAAAAUCAAGUCGAAAUUCUAAAAGAUAUUCAUCUAUUGGUUCUUCAAUUUUCAUUGAUCGUGAAACUACAUUAACAGAUUCAAUGGAUUUAAAUUAUGAAGUUGAUUAUAAAAAAGAUAAUACAGAUGAUCAACUUGAAAAAUUAGGUCCACCAUGGCUUAUUGAAGGUUUAUUAAAAUGUGAAACUAAUCAUAAUUUAAAACAAAAAAGACAAAAUUCUAAAAAUUGGUUUUUCAAAUUAACUCAUGGAAAUAAUAUAAUAUCAUCAGAAUUAGAUAUUUAUAAUGUUAAAGAUUGGAAACAAAACAUUGUUAUAAUAUCAAAAGGUUUAUUAAAACAAUAUUCAUUUGGAUCAUCUUCAGAUAGGAAAAAUUUCAUGAAGACAAAAUCUGAUAAAUAUGUUAAUACAGUAACAACUUAUAAUUUAUAUUCUGCAGUUGCUUCAUUAGUUGAAGAUAAUGUUAUAUCAAAUGCAGAUAACAAUGCAAAUGGAGUUGCAUGGGUUUUAACAGUACCCAAUUUAUUAACAGAUGAUUCUAAUAAUAAUAAAAAAAGUAAUAAUCAAAAAGAUCAAUCAAAUUCAUCAAAUUCAUAUUCAUCAAGUUUAAAUCAAGAUAAAAAAAUUGUUUAUUAUGCAUCAAGUUUAGAAAUUGCACAAAGUUUUAUUGAAACUUGUAAUUUUUGGGCUGCAAGAAUAACAUCAAUCCCAACAACUGAAGAAAGUAUAGUAACAAAUGCAGAAUAUGGAUGGAGUGAUGAAAUUUUAUCAAGAUCAAAACCAAUAAAUCAAGUUAAUAAUUUACAAAAAUGGGAAAAAAUCAUAUCAAUUGAAAGUUCAUUUAUACCAUCAUCAUAUGAAUUACAAGAACAAUUUGAAAAUUUACAAAAAUAUAUUAAUCAUUUAGAAAAUUUAAUUGAUAAUCAUAAUGGAUUAAAACCAAUAUUAGAAAAAAUUUGGGGUAAUAAUGAAGAUUUAGUUGAUCAAUAUGAUUUGGUUAUAAGUAAUUGGAAUGAAAAAUAUGUUUAUAUUUAUAGACAACAUCAAAAAUUUAAAACUUAUUUAGAUAGUUUAGCAUUUGCUUUAUCAUUUAGAGCUACAAAGAUAUAA